UAUAUAACUCGCGCGCCAAGGGCGAUCGAUCAUCGCUAUUUGUAGGAGGAGGAGGAGGAGGAAUUCAUUGACCACUGCGCGAUCCUCAGGAGGAGCUGGUCCAGCCACCGCACGCGGCGCGUAUCGACUCACCUUGACGGCGACAGCGCUUGGACAGCGCUCACUACUAGUACUACACUGUGUUACUAGUACUACACUGUGUAGUACACUACCCGAUCGCUACUACUCUUACGUACACCGCGUACGACGGCCCCCAUGCCGCCGACAAUCGAGUCGACCUGGUCCACGUGCUCCCGCCCUCCCGAGCCCACCGACGGCCACCAGUACACGUACAGGCUCGAGCCACGGCAACAUCUCGUCCGCGCUCUGCAAUGGACCAUGCAGCCGCUAUAUCUCCUGAAGUGAUUAUGAAUGCUCCUUGUGACGUGGGCGCCCUGGUUGGCGGUUCCUUUGCAGCGAACGAUGCCGAGAGCGAUAUGCGACUCAGAUAUGACUUGGCUGACCCCGCAUGCAUUACCAGUGCCAGGGAUUGCUGGGCCCCCGUGGGUGUGGAAGACGCAAGUGCUCUUAUGCUCUCCGCUCGCACUCCCGGCCAAGGCGGCCACGACUUCAUGUUAACGCCGUCGCUUUUAUCUUCCGUAGAGAGUAAUGCAAGCUGUUCAGACGACAAGGAAGAGGGAGAAAUAAGUGACGAUGAAGAAGACGUCCGACAGUCUGGGACUGAGCAGCCGGUUGCUAAGGUGUUGCAUGGCUUUCCCUAUCACAUGAAUGUGAACAAGCAACAGCAAUUAAACAUUGCAAGUCCUUUCUAUCCCUUUGCUACAUCCCAUGAUGGGAUGCCGCAAAGUUCCAGCAGCACAACGCUUCCUCCACUUCCUUCCGCGAAUAAGCCUAACAAACGGAGGCGGACGGGAGCGGGAUCCAUGGAGCGGUUCAGACAGCGCCGCAAGAUCAAAUUGAAAGAUAGCGACAAGAAAGAGCGGCGGCGGCUUGCGCGUCUGCAGGACCGCCUUGCGGCUGCUGGGACGACGGUGACCGUGCUCUCCGAGUCUGUGGACAUGAUUUAGGGUAUGAUAUACAUAACACUGCACUCUAUAUAGAACACCGGAAUCCGUAGAGAUGGCAUGCGAAGCACCUACCAUAGGCUGCACGCAAUGGCCAUGCGGCGCCGGUUGAAACGUUGACGUGCAACAUGCUACUGUCAGGUUACUCGAAGAUGUCCGUGGC